AAUUCUAAACAAAUAGUGAAUUAAUAAAACUGAAACUGAAAUGGGGAAACAGAAAGGACAAAGCAAACGCACAAAAGGUAACGCUGUACCUUCAAGUAGUGGAAGAGCGGCAACUUCAUUCUCACAACUUCAAGGAGUCGUUGGUUUUGCUUCGUUUUCCGGCGACCUGGGCUACGUUCCCGUUCUCAAAUCAAUAGAGGAUGAUUCUGAAGGUUUAGUUUCGCCAGAUUUUCGUGUGGCUUUGUGCAAAUUAACCAAACGCGAUGUCACAACUAAAUUGAAAGCGCUGACUGAACUUAGGCAGCUGAUUGAAGACAAUGAAAGUGAAACGUCCGUGGCUAUUUUGCCCUACUGGUCACGAAUCUAUAACCGUUUGUGUGAAGACACAGACAGAAGAGUAAGAGAAUCUAUCCAGCAAGCGCAUCAUAAUCUUGUGUGUAAGGUUGGCAAACAAAUUGCUCCGUUUUUAAAAGGUUUGUUUGGUGCAUGGUGGAUUGCCACAUGCGACACAUACGCGCUCGCAGCUUCAGCUGCACAUCGUGCAUUUGUGGCAGCUUUCCCGACAACUGAAAAACAAGAAAAAGUUUUGGACUUCUGUCAUGUUGAGAUCAUGGGCGCGAUUAAAUGUAACGUGUUUCAGUCACAACAGGAUGCAAAAGACGCUGAAGAAAUGGAGAGGAUAACUUCUGUUGGUUUAGCUGGACUUGCCGGACUUAUAUCUGCUGCAAAAUCAAUGGAAAAGUUAGAGGAACUUAUCAAAGAAGGAUUUUUGGCAAAUUCUAGGUUUUGGAAAUUACCCAAACAUAAGUCUUCCUCCAUCCGCUCGGCUUUCUACAGCGUUAUAACUUCGGUGUGUGACAAAGAGCCAAGUUUACUGCAAGAAUUCUUGAACCAAGCAUGCAAAGCUGUGUUAUCUAAUCUUAAUGAGCCCAGCUCAGUUGUGUGUGCGUCGUUAUGGCUCGCAGCUGAACAGUUAGUUCUAAAGUUUCCAAAUUGGCACGAAAACAUAGAUAUCAGAAAAGGUUUCCUGCCUGCUUUUUGGGGCGUUAUCAAAUCCGGCUUUCAAGGUAAUGCAAAAAUAAUUUGUCCGCAUGUGUUACCAGUGUUGGGAUGUUUUCCAGACUCACUAUUAGUUUUCCCAAUAUACAAAGAACUAUUGACUUGUUUUCAAGUAAGCCUUGAUGUAGAUUCGGUCCGUGGAAGCCUCAGUGAGACUCGUGCUGUUGUUACAUCUAUGAUGGAAUGCUUACAACUAGCUGUGAGGAAAUCUAUUGAAACUUCUAGUGAACCAGAUUUAGAGAUAGUUAAUUACGCAUUAAACGAACAUUUGAUUCCAAUCUUUAAAAAGUCAAUUUUGGAUCCAGAUUCUAAUAAAUACAUCCCUGCUCCACUGCAUCACCAAGUGGUAGAGUUGUUGGGAACCUUUUCCCAGAAAGCAAACACAGAAAUCCCCAAACAGAAUUGUUACGAAAACAUUUCAUCCCUGGUGUGGAAAAAUAUCUCACAUUUUUUCUCAGAACUGACAUUAAAUGAAGAUAAAGGAAAACAGUUUUUCGUGGCAGUUUUAAAGUUUCUUGCUCAAGUUAAAGCUGCUUGUUAUGGCUUAAACGAAUUUGAAAACACAGUCUCUGCCAUAAGGAAGCCGGGAGUUCGGUUUAGCGAAGAUAUAUCAACGAGUGUGGCGGAAAUUAAAAUAAACAAAGCUAACGCUCAUGUUGUAAAUUCUCAUCUGUUUAAAGAAUUGGAAUCUUCAGUUAAUGUUGUGUUGGUUACAAUCAUGCAGUCCCAACUUCCCACAGAUGGAAAAGUAUUUCGAGCAUCUUUAAUUUUGGAAAAUUUCUCAACUGUUUCAUUGUUUACCAAGUUAUUUCAUUCCCUAAAUGAAUCAUCCAUGGUGACAGGUGAAACUGACUACAUAUUACAGUGCUUGCAAAAUAACUUCUUACCAUGUAUAAGUCAAAUCAAACCCAAAGAACCAGAAUCGGAAAAGCAUUGCGCAUCACUGCUGUAUAGUUGUCUCAAACUGUCUGGUCAAAAGGCAGCAACAGUGUUGCAAGAUAUAUUUGCGUCACCCACCAUAUAUGGUGUGGGAGUUUGUACAUUACUUGCAAAUGACAUCUUGAAACCAAAUGAAGAAGUCACGCCUCAGUGGGUCAGAAGGUCUUUCACAGAAGAUGGUUCAUCUUUUAUCACCUUCAUAUUUAAUGCUGUGAGCAGUGAACCUGAACUGAUGAAAGAAAAUGUCUGGGCAUUACUAUCUUCUACCUUGUUGGCUGAUUCCCCGAUUUUUGACAUGAAAUUAAAUUUUAAGAUAUUUCAAAAGAUUGUUAAGACAGCGGAAAAUUGUGAAGCCUCAGAUUGUGACAUGAAUGCCAAAGCAUGUUUGCUGAUGACACAGUUUGUUACAUCUGAUGUGUUUGACACACAAUAUUUAUCGCAGUUUAAAGAACUAAUGUUGCCUCUGUUUGAUAAUUUGCUCCAUGAUGCGUUCUAUAGGAAAGCAGAUUCCCUACAAGGUUUCAAAGGGAUUAUAGAAACAUUGAAAACUUCUAUGACAAGAGAAGAAGAAAUUAAAGAUUUUACAACGGCCUGCUUCAACAAAUAUGUCUCAUAUGUUGCUGAUACAAUAAUUGAGCUUGCAAGCAACGAGAAUUUAAACAAAAUUUUACCAAAUGUAAAAGAAGUUGUUGAUAUUCUUGCAGCAUCGUGUGCGCUUCUUGCUGACAAUCAAUUUUGCAACUUUCUAGCCCAGUUGUUGCCAAAUGAAGAGACAUGGCUGCAAAACAGAGAUAGCAUGACCAGCAAUGUCUGGCUAGAUACAACAUGCCUUGCCAUUGGGCCAAUACAUUCAACAGCACUUGAAGAAAACAAGUUCCAUGCUGAAUACAUUUGUCUUGUUGAUGCAUUCAAUCAAGUUUUAAGCCAAGUUAUACAAACACUGCAAAAAACUGAGCAGACAAAUAAACUGUGUCUCACCUAUUCAAAUCAACAUGUAAAGCAGUUAUGUGUUGAAGCUUUACUGGUGGAGUCACAUACAAUACACUCAGAGAAAAAUGAUCUGAUCAAUUUGUUCAUGCAAGACCAAGCUUGGUGCAAAGACAUGUUGUUUACACUUGCAAGCAACUCUAUACAAACAGGCAGGGCUUGGCUGAGCUGUUUCUCCCAGCUUUUACAAAAAGCUAAGCAAACUACUCACUGGGAUCCAGCUACACUACUCAACAAGUUAAAUUAUGCAAACCAAAAUCUAACCGAUUGUUUUUCUUCAACUAUAAUUUCCAUAAUUUUCAUGUGCGACUCUAAACAUUGUUUAACCGCGUUACUAAACUGGAUUUUGCCAAAAACUUUAUCAUUUUCUGACUCUUUUAAUUCUAUUUUUAACGGCAAAUUUGUAAAUGAAUUUUCUAUUCUUGUGCAUGUAUUUAAAAAGUUAUUGUCAUUUCCCGACACUGAAAAUAUGUUGUUAUCCAUAUGUGAGCAAAUUAUAGAACAGUUGCUAGUGUGUAAAUCGUCCUGUAGCUCUGUCUUUUUAUUCGAUACAACUCUUACCGAUAACAUUCACCAAUUACUGUUUAAUUCUGUCGUUGCUCAGUUUUUCGAAUGUGCCGUACAAUGUUCUCCAACUAAUCGGACAUCAGAGUUUUGGGAUUUCGUUCAAUGCUCUCUUGUUUCAUGGCUUGAAAGUAUCUGCUUAACGUUUGAAGUAAAAAACUUUGAAAACCAUAACAAGUUCCAACACCAUCUGUGUCUUAUCCAUGCAGUAUCUUCACUGUUUUUAACACUGGAUAAUUUCCUAACCGCACCCACAACAAUAGAACAUCCAACUUACCCAAGUUCACUAACAAGGGAAUGGCACGAGUUCUUUCAGCCUGCCGCUCAUUCUACAUUAGUUCCUAUUUUCUGUGCGAUUUCGUUAAAAACUCUCAUACAAUUCACGACGAUUUUUCCACUUUUCCAGCAGUGCUUGCGUAAUAUAAGCACAGAGUCGAUCAUAUCUGCAACAUCAAGACUUACAGCACACAUGGCGGCUGAUUCUGAUCUUCCAGAUGAAACACAAACUCUUCUACACCAUUUAUCGCAAGCUCUGGAACCGAGAAAUAAUUCCCACACCACCCAAUGCAUUGCCUACAACUUGCUGUGCAAAGUGGUGGAAAAUAUCUUCCAAAACACGGAUGGUGUUUCACCUUCACUUAAACCACCAAGAAGUCUCUUGCGUGUCCUAAACCUUGUUUUUGGACAAACCAACCAGUUCUGCUCCUCUUGGAGGAAUAUUUUUCUUCAGAUGGUUUGGAUUUUCACCUUGCUAAAUAUUCUUGCUUAUUUGCUUGUGUGGAAAAUAUUGGUCAAAUGUAUGCACCCUAUCCCAGCAGACAUGAAGUCACAAUUCAUAUCUGCGUUAAAAGACUCGGGUUUCGAUACAGACAACCUGCUUAGCAAACUGCUUAAACUGAUGCCUUUUAACCCAUACAGAACAGUGGAGAAUAAAACACUAAACAUGUUUUCGUGUGAAAUUGACUUUCAAGCUGCCUCGAAACAUGACUUUAUGGUUAUACAUCAUAUAGCGUGUUCACUUUUCAAGGACCUGCUCACUAAUCUACCUGUAUUGAUGCGUGCUUGGUAUAACGACCUCGGGAAAGUAACAAAGUCAGCAGUGAAUGAAUACACAACAAAACAUAUCAGCGGUGUCAUUUGUAACAAAGAACUAAAGUCGAUUUGUGUAUCGCAGAAUCAAGAUGACUUUGAUGUUGUUGCACGUCCAGCUUCGAAAGAAGUUGUUGCGACAUAUCAAAUCACUGACGCAGAGUUUGUUAUUUCAAUACAACUACCAACAAAUUACCCUCUGAGCCCUGUACAAGUAAACACGGUUAGAAAAGCAGGAGUGAAAGCAACUCAAUGGAGAUAUUGGAUUCUACAGAUGACAAUGUUAUUACGACACCAGAACGGCCAAAUACUGGAUGCUUUGUAUUUGUGGAAGGAAAAAGUUGACAAACGGCUCCAUGGGCUUGAGGAAUGCAUGAUAUGUUUCUCUGUAGUGCACGGCUCCAACUCACAGUCCUUACCAAAACUACAAUGCAAGACAUGCAAGAAAAAAUACCAUGCAGAAUGCUUGUACAAGUGGUUUGACACAAGUAAUCAAUCCACUUGCCCGUUGUGUAGGACGCCUAUGAUGUUACGAUAAUGUGUGUUUUUAUUUGUGGUAAAAUUAGGUGCAUUUUGGGUUUAUUAUUGUAAGUAAUUUCUUUGUGUCUUUGAUUUGUUCCGAAAACCUUUGCAAUUUGGUGCAAUAACUGUAAAGUUGUAAACCAAUACUGUCUAUUGUGUAUUCCAUGUUUAUGAAUAAUUAACAUUGAAACAAGUUUAA